AUCUAUGUAUUAAGCAUAUCAGAUAACAGUUAUUUUGGUAUUUUCGUUGUAUGUUAUUAAUUUCCGAAAUGUCUCUGAAAACAGGGUUGGGAAUUCUGCGAGAAGUCUGGUAACACGUUUAAGUACAACUGACCAAGAACACAUUGCUGUAAACAAAUGUAUAAAACUUAAUUGAAAUUGAGUUUCGCGUUUCUUAAAUUAUAAAUUUAUUAUUGAACUUAUUUAAUUAAAAAAAAUGAAAUUAAUAUUUUCGGUGAUAUUAUUAUUAGUUAUUAAGUUUGCAAUCUCAGCUGCCAAUGAUAAAAACAAAACCUUCGUACUAACAACAGAAUGGCAACAAAUAGAAGAAGGUCAAAUCCUUCCGUCAGGUGUACAUGUACGUGGUAAUUUACAAACUGGUAAGAAGGAAGCAAAACUAUUAAAUAAUCAAGAAGUAAACGAGAAUAACAAAAUUAAAGGAGCAUUAGUAAAUGUAGAAGAAAAUAUUUACGAAGCUAGUUGGAAAGAAUCCUCCACGAAAAAUAAAGUAAAAAUCAGUAAAACACUUUCUGAAGCUUUAAAAAGUCUUCCCAAAGACAGUUUGGGUAUUGAGUAUUCACCAGAGAAAUUAGAGCAAAUAAAACGAGAUUUUAAAACAUAUAGUGAAUUAAAGGAAUCUUAUAAAAACUUGCAAAAAGAAUUUCGUUCAGAUGGUGAACUGAUUACUAAACUAAUUGAUGAGUAUAAAAAUCUUAGCAAAGAAAAUGAGGAACAGCCGAUAACGUUGAAAACGAAAAUAAAUACACAACUACGAAUACUUGAAGAUUUGGAUUAUCUUGUUCACCAAAUUGACAAUGCAUUGUGGUUUAUUGGUAAAGGAGGCUUAGAUGAAAUUCUUCUACCACUAGUAGUAAACGAAACAAAUAUAAAUUUACGAACGAAAGCUGUCCGUUUGUUAGGAGCUCUAACGCUUAAUAAUCCUCUAGCCCAAAUAAAGGUUUUUGAAAAAAAUAUAGGAGGAUAUUUGGCUCAAAUUCUUAUUUCGUCGGAACACUCAGAAGAGUUAUCAUCUGCAUUAUACGCUUUCGGCAGCCUUCUAAGAAAAUUUCCUUUGGCAUUACAAAGAAUACUCUCAACAUCUGGAACACAAGCGUUGGUAGCUGUGCUUGCAAAAAAAUGUGAACUUAAAGUAAAGGCAAAAUCUAUAACACUUAUAAGCGAUAUAAUUGUUGAAAAAAAACUUGUUAUUUCGAAUUAUGCUUACUCUGAUAGCCCAUCAGCUGCUGCACAGUAUGCGGAAUUAAAUCUACAAGAAUGGCUGCAUUUGAGUGGCUUUUGCGAAACAGUCGAUAGUUUAGUUUCUACACAACUUUAUGAACUAUUGGAGCAACCAGAUUUGACCGAGUAUUUUGCAAUAGGAUUGGAAAAUGCGGCAGAAAUUUGUGAAUCUGUUUGGUCAAAAAGCGCAGAACUAAGGCAUACUUUAUUAACCAUAAAAAAUCGUUAUAUGCGCACUAACAAUGAGUUCCAUGUGGAAGUAGCACAACAAAUUGAAAAGGUGGUCAAAAUUCUUUACAGUCUCAACCAUCGUGAUGAACUUUAAAGACUCCACAUCUAUCAAUAAAAAAAAUUUGUGAUAAAAUGACUAAAUUUAAAUAUUAAUUUCAAUAUGUGUACAUAAGUAUGUGGCUUAAAUUAAAGAAUGUCAAAUUUAUUGUA